UGGUCAAAAGAUGAUUAUGAAAUAUUUGAUCUUGUCUCUGCUUUGGUGACUGCAGAAGGAAAAGGAACGGAUUUUUAUAAUUAUUUAAGUGUAGAACCAAGUGCUAGUCAAAAUGAAAUUACCAAAGCGUACAGAAGAAAAGCAUUAGAAUUGCAUCCUGAUAAGAAUCCUGGUGUGAAAAAUAUACAAGAACGUUUUGCUAGAUUAGGUGUUAUAGCACAAAUACUUCGAGAUCCCGAAAAGAGGGAGAGGUACAAUUUCUUUCAUAAAAAUGGAGUACCAGUAUGGCGUGGUACUGGUUAUUAUUACUCUCGUUUCAGACCUUCACUAUUACACGUACUUUUCUUCCUCAUCUUCAUAUCUUCUUUAUUCCAUUUAUUAAUCAUGCGUUUGAAUUAUAAUAAAGAUAAAAGGAGAGUAAGAUAUUUUACCGAUUCUGCUUUAUCUUCAGCUGGAGUGAAAAAGAUUGUCGAUGAUGUUAAUGGAACGAUUGAAAGUCUUAAAGAAUUAUCAGAGGGUAAAAAAGAAAAGGUUGUUCAGAAGAGUAAAGAGAAAGAUAAUGGAGGUAGAAGAAGAAAAGUUAAAGUACCAAUGGUAGAAGGAAGUGAUCAUCAUGGUUUUCUUGAACUUGUCGUUGAUGGUAAUAAAGUGUUUUUACCACAAGAAGAUGGAAGUAUGACACCACUCUCCACUUUGACCACUCCUCCAAGUAUCUGGAGAACAUGGCCUAUCCAAUUUUCCCUCUUUUUAGCACGUAAAACCUCUUCUCAUCUUCCUUCAUCUUUACAAGACAAAUUACCACUCUCCAUACGACCCCAACCUGAAAUCGAAGUGGAAUCUGAGGAUGAAAGUGAGAUUGAUACACCUACUAAAGGUAGAGUGAAGACGAUGAGACGGAGUGCAACACCUAGAGAUACACCAACGACGGAGGAAAGUGAUGAUGUUGAAGGGAAGAAGAAGAAACAUGGGGUAGGAAAAGCCAGUGCGGCUAGAAGGAGGAAGAUGGCUAUGAAACGAUGA